GCGCGAGCGGAGCAGGAUCCUUUGCCCCGCCCCGCCACCUCGGAUCAGCUUCCCCGACCUUCCCACCCUUAGCGAGACCAACGAGAGGAUUCCGCCUGCAUCUAGAACAGCCCACCCAGGCACCUAACCGAGUGGCGCGCUAACGUGAAAGGAGAGCUGUGCACCGCUGCGGUUUCCUGCGCCCGAGCCGUUCUAGACGCGGGAGAAAUGCUUUCUGAAGGCAGUUCAUUUUUGAAGGGUGUGAUGAUUGGAAGCAUUUUCUAUGCUUUGAUUACUGUGCUAGGACACAUUAAGAUUGGUCAUGGAAAUAGAAUGCACCACCACGAGCAUCAUCAUCUUCAAGCUCCUAAUAAAGAAGAGAUCUUGAAAAUUUCAGAGGAUGAACGCAUGGAGCUUAGUAGGAGCUUUCGUGUGUACUGCAUCAUCCUUGUGAAACCCAGAGAUGUGAGUCUUUGGGCUGCAGUGAAGGAGACUUGGACCAAACACUGUGACAAAGCAGAGUUCUUCAGUUCUGAAGAUGUUAAAGUGUUUGAGUCAAUUAAUAUGGAAACAAAUGACAUGUGGUUAAUGAUGAAAAAAGCUUAUAAAUAUGCCUUUGAUAAGUAUAGUGACCAAUACAACUGGUUCUUCCUUGCACGCCCCACUACAUUUGCUAUUAUUGAAAACCUGAAGUAUUUUUUGUUAAAAAAGGAUCCAUCACAACCUUUCUAUAUAGGCCACACUAUAAAAUCUGGAGACUUUGAAUAUGUGAGUGUGGAAGGAGGAAUUGUCUUAAGUGUAGAAUCAUUGAAAAGACUUAACAGCCUUCUGAAUACCUCUGAAAAGUGUCCUGAGCAGGGAGGAAUGAUUUGGAAGAUAUCUGAAGAUAAGCAGCUAGCAGUUUGCCUCAAAUAUGCUGGAGUAUUUGCAGAAAAUGCAGAAGAUGCUGAAGGAAAAGAUGUAUUUAAUACCAAAUCUGUGGGGCUUUUUAUUAAAGAGGCAAUGACCAAUCACCCCGACCAGGUAGUAGAAGGAUGCUGUUCUGAUAUGGCCGUUACGUUUAAUGGACUGACUCCUAAUCAGAUGCAUGUGAUGAUGUAUGGGGUGUACCGUCUUAGGGGAUUUGGACAUACUUUCAAUGAUGCAUUGAUUUUCUUACCUCCAAAUGGUUCUGACAAUGACUAAGAAGUGGAAAAAGAGCAUGUAUUUCAUCACCAUAUAAGACAUGUUGUAAUAAUUUGUAGUAAUGACGACAUAUCCAACACAGAGGUAUAUUUCUUUUUCUUUUCUAAUCUGGUGGCAUUGGUAUAAUCACACAUUAAAGUUUAUUAGGGUAUUUUAUAAAUGAAGUGGGUUUUUUUCUUAAAACAUAAGAAUGUUGGAAAUGUUUUAAAAAUAAUUUGCAAAUAAAGCAUAUAAGUAUGUGAUAAAUUCUAAAUUAUGAACAUUAAAAAUCUGAGUGGCACACUUUUGCAGAUUGAUUAAAACAUUUAACAUGUCUUUGUAGCUUUUUAUUAUAUACAAAUGAAUCUCUAGUGGAUUUUUUAUCAAAGUAAAUCUUUAACUCUGUGUUUCCUUUACUCUUAAGGUACAUUUAUGUUCUAAGCUUCCCCAGGUGCCAAUGGAUUUGCCUUCACAAAAUAUGCAGCUGCUGGAUGUGGUGGUGCAUGUGUGUAAUCUCAGCACUGGGGAGACUGAGCCAAGACAAUCACUAUAAAUUUGAGGCCCAGCUGGACUACAUAGUGAGUUCAAGGCCAGCUUGAACUACAUGGAAAGACCCUCUCUCAAACAAACAAAAAUCAACAAAAAACCACAACCAAGCAACUAAAAUAUUCCUAACCAGUGUUAAAGGAAGUUGAAUUCUUUUACUGAGAGAAAAAGUAAAAAUUACUUACAAAAGUUAAGUACUUUUCCUAGGAUCUAAGUUAAUAUACACAGUUUUUUUUUAAGUCAGAAUACACAAUUUCUGUGUAACUUUGUACUUCAGUAUGAAGGUACUAAAAUUGGAGUGCGGACUAUAAAGAAUGUAAUGUCAUUUAACUCUAUGGUUUUCAGAGUUAAACUCCAAACUGCAACUUGAAUAAAAAUGUAGCCAUUGAGAUUUAUUUAUUCCUGCUGUGGAAAUCUUUUGAGAAUUUGUUUUGGCCAUUUGGCAGUUUCAUUUACCUGAGUUAUUUUGUUGAGACAAGGUCUCACUAUGUAGUUCAUGCUGAGCUUGAACUGUUGUGUAGCCAGGGCUGGCUUGGAACUCUGAGAUCCUCCUGCCUCAGCCUCUUGAGUACUGGGAUUACAAGCAUCCGCUAGCAUGCCCGGCUUUAGUCUCUUUUUUUAUUGUUCAUAUUGAGAUUUUUCCCAUGUUUUUGGUUUGGAGGCUAACCUUGCCAUCCAAGCUAGAUUGCCAUACCAUCUGCCUAAUUUCAGUAGUUACCAGAAUCUUUAUCCUGUGGUAGAUAAAAUUGCUUCUGCACUCAUAAUGUGUGAAAUACUUGGAGCUGACUUGUCCUAUAAUCUGGUUAGCACAUGCUGUAUUGAGUCAGAUCCUGAGCCCCCUUAGGCUGUGAAACCAUGUCAUUUUAGAUAUCAGUAUUGCCUAUAACUGGCCGCAUGAUGCUAAUGUCUCCCACAGCUUUAGCAGACCAGAAAAAAUUUCCUCAGGCAGCAGGCCUUGGGGUUCAAAUUACUGAUCCACAGAGUAGUGUGUCAAACCCUUUAAUUUCUUUGAUCUCUCUCACUGGGACUUUGGUUAAGGUGAAAUGUUAUUAAUUUUGAAGAAUAAUAAAAUCUUUAUCAAGCACCCUAA